AUUCUGUCCACUUUUCAACGUCACAUCGUCAACCGAGCUCUUCAGCUGAUCGAAAUUACUGAAGACAUGGGCAACUUCGUUCAGGCGAUCUCUGACCUUUGUUUGCCUCCUGUUUGUUUGGCAGAACCCCUGCGGUUGGCCUCACAGGUGAAUCUCGAUAUAUAUAGCUACGCCUUUUUCCACAAUAAAUUCCCUACUGCAGAAGAAAUGGUUAUCAAAAAGCCGGCUGCAACCGUCUUCAGGAUUCUGCGCCAAAAUCUCGCCAUUUUCCUGACCUGGGCACAUUUCUCGGAGGAUCUGGUAAAGAAGGGUGCCUCCAGUUCGAUGAUAGUAUCCGAACUCAACAAGCUGUUGCCUGAACGCGUUCUUGUGGCUAAAUGGUUUGCCAGAUUUUCAAAAACUCUUCAGACUGAGCAAACUGACCAAGAUCUACUCGCUUAUCAGGUCUCCCGCAAAGCUGAGCCCGAAACUGAGGCCGAUGCAGAGGCUGUCGUUGAAACGUCUCCAAAGCAGCUAACGGAUAAAGAAGAGAUAUCGAUGCUGCCAAAAGGCAUUCAAAAAACCAUGCUCGCUUUACUGGGGCUUUCCAGGGAACCUUCUCAACCCCUAUCUGAGAAACAUUUCAAAAGACUGACUAAAAGGUGGCCCGAGCUUGUUGAGUGUCUGGAUCAUCAGUACACCAUUCCGGUCGUUUAUACCUGCCUGUCCGCUGGUAUUCGGUUCCUGUCUUCGCCUGAAAAUCGUGAGCGAGUUGGCUGGGCUUCUUUCAAUCACAAGAACACAGCGGCAGAGGAGGUCUUGUUGCCCACACCCAAGACAAUCCUAAAAUCUCUGGCAAAGCGGCCAGAAGUAUUUUCUCACCUUUUGGGUCGCGGACACGUGGAUGAUGAGGAAGGAGAAGUUUCGGGAACUCCCCCUCCCCCAACAGACCCCUCACGCCUGAAAGGUUUGCGUAGAGUUCACUGUCUUUCGUUUUUUGCUUCUGUUGUCAAGGUUGGGUACUAUGUUGUAGUCGCUCUCUGUUUCCAGUGA